UUAAUAGGCAGUUCGGCACCGCCCCGCCUGAGAGAAACGGAGUGCGAGAAGGAAGAGGAGGCUGAACUUGUUUCAUCCACUCAAACAUGGCCGGCUUCUCAGCCUGGUUCUGGAACGAGAGAUUCUGGCUCCCUCACAACGUCACUUGGGCCGACUUAAAGAACACCGACGACGCCGAGUAUCCGCAAGCUGGCGAUUUGCUCUUCGCUUUCCCGUUGGCAUUUGGCAUCUUCCUCGUCCGCCUGGCGUUCGAGAGGUUCAUUGCCAAACCAUGUGCCCUGAGCCUUCGAAUUCAAGCAAAUGGACCACGCAGAGCGCAGCCCAAUGCUAUCCUAGAAAAAGUCUUUACAUCAAUCACUAAGUCUCCUGAUGAGAAAAGACUUGAAGGCCUGUCGAAACAGCUCGAUUGGGAUGUCCGCAAAAUUCAGCGCUGGUUUCGACAUCGAAGGAAUCAAGAUAAACCAAGUACCCUCACAAAAUUCUGUGAGAGCAUGUACGCCUUUUUUUCUUUUCCCCCACCCCCCUCGCCUGCUCCCUGGUUCUGGGACACACGACAUUGCUGGUAUAACUACCCGUAUCAGCAACUGGUGUUUGACAUGUAUUAUUAUUACAUAAUGGAGUUGUCGUUCUACUGGUCAUUGAUGUUUUCACAGUUUACCGACAUUAAAAGAAAGGAUUUUCUUAUUAUGUUUCUCCAUCACCUUGCGACAGUUGGAUUAAUUACCUUUUCUUACUCCAACAACAUGGUGCGAGUUGGAACACUCGUCAUGUGCCUUCAUGACGCAUCUGAUUUCUUUUUAGAGGCUGCUAAAUUAGCGAAUUAUGCCAAGUAUCAAAGACUUUGUGACUCAUUAUUUGUGAUAUUUGGUUUUGUCUUCGUCUCCAGUAGGCUUGGCAUUUACCCAUUUUGGAUUUUAAACACAACACUGUUUGAAAGUUGGGAGAUCAUUGGACCAUAUCCAUCCUGGUGGUUCUUCAAUUUGCUGUUGCUUAUACUACAGGUUCUACAUGGCAUCUGGUCAUAUCUCAUUAUACGCAUUGCAUAUAAAGCUAUUGUCAAGGGAAAGGUCUCUAAGGAUGAUCGCAGUGACAUUGAGAGUAGCUCCGAUGAUGAUGAUUCUAUGACCAACGGCACAAGACCCCAUCACCACAAUCCCUCGAAAGGAGCCAACAGCACAAAUGGAACCAACGGCCACCUAACCACUGGAGCAUGGGCGGGAGACCAUUAGUUCAUGAACUGUGGAACAUGGAUUAGGCACAGACAGGACAGCCUCAUGGAAAACAACCAAGCACUGAACAGUUUUUUUUUAAAAAUUAUAAAAUAAACUGGGUGUUGUUGCAUGGGAUCUGAGACAGGCUGCCUGCUCAGUAACUUACACCUGCAAAGCACACAGGCAUUUUUUCCUUUUAUUCUCAGUGAUUGUGCUUUAGCAAUAUGAGAAAUUGAAAUGCAGCUUUAAAUGGGAAUGGAUGGAUCUAGACUGGAGGUUCCUCUAGACCCAUCUUAUUCCAUUUAACAGCCUGCAGUGCUUUAAAUGGGUUUUGUGCAAUUUGUCGAAUUGCUAAAGGUUUACAUUUCAGGCCUGUGUUUUUGUCGUGUUUCCUUGUUCUGUAUUUUCUAACUCAUUGGCACAAAGAGAUGGAGCCCCGAGAGGAGAAGAAUACCAAUUUGAAACCAAGGAGAUUUUGUAAUCCGUCUUGGUGUGCUUGUGGGCUUCAAAGGCAGGCAGGUAAAACCAGUCGCUUCAGAUGGAAAGGGUAUUGUUGAAGUGGUGCUUGAAUUCUCACCAAACCUGGCAUGCUAGGGAAUUUUCUAUAAAGGAAUUGCGUAAUCUGUAAAUCCAAAGAAUCAGGAGUUACAGGCACUGGUCCAAAUUGUUGUCUUUUUUUUUGUGUGGUAAAUUUUCACUAUUGACCCAAGUGAUGAAGCACAGCUUUGUAUUAAAACACUAGGUUCUGGCUGGUGUAUGUGUGUUGUAAAUCCUCUUUUACAUUGAAGGAGGGAGCUUUUCUUGUUCAUUGGUUAUGUAGUAUUUUGAGUGUUCCAGUUAAUUUUGUUUCUGUUUUCAUACAAAGUAAUUUCACUUUUAGCAAUGUAGUUUGUGGAACCAAAAGGCAGCUACCAUGUUGCUGAUACUGCGCAGUCUACAGCUGCCAAAUUCCAUUUUGCCAUUUAUUGGGAGUGUUGGUUUUGCUACAGCAGUGUAUUGAUAAUUCCUUGUUUGGAGGCAUAAAAAUCAGGUAAUCCUCUGACCUCCAUUGUUUUCAUUCAAGUUUUAUAAUGGGAGAGGGUUUGUAAACUAAUUUCUCCCAGUCCACCUAGUAAUGGCUCAGUGUUAUAAAUAAUAAUUGUUUAAUUGCUCUGUUAUACUAAAGCAAAGGUUAUCAUUCUUUUUGGGCUGGUUAGGUUCCAGUCAAAUUUAAGUCUCCAUGAGUAGAACUUAUUUUUCUACUUCUGUUUUUUUUUAAAUUUUUUUAAAUUGCCUUGCGAAGUAAUUGAUUUGGAUUUUUUUUAAGUGAUACUGUGGGCAAUGCUUUAACCUAAUCCUGGGUCUUCUGAUCUUGUUCAUCCCUGGAAGACUGCUUUUAAGCUAUUUCCACAUUUCUGAAAAUAGCUGUUAACAUGUUGUUCUGAAUGAGAAUUUGUGUGAAAACUGUUCAGAAAGGUUUGUUUACAAGUUUCAGAGUUUGUCUUUUUGUACCUGAGAGCUUUUUUGUGUCUGCAGUAGUUCCAGGUAUGCAAGCUGUUUUCUUUAAAACAAAAAUUGUCUUGACUUGUGGGUUCUGUGGAGAUCAUAGUGGUCUCCCUGACAGGUUUGAUGUAAAUACUGGUUCAAGGGAGAUUUAAGACCUUAUUUUAAGUAAGUUGAAUUUAUCAGCCCUAUUUUUUUUUUAAGAUAUUUGAAAUGAAGACAUAAAUUAUAUUGAUGUAAAAGCAAAUAUGCAAAACAAUGACGUUUGGCGUAGUUGUCUUGUUUUAAAUUCAGAAUUAGGCUCCGGAAGCCUUUUUUUCUUUCUUUCCAUUUGAUGUUCCAGAUUCCAAUUUAGAUUUAGCUUUCUCCCCAUCUUCAAAAUGUUCAAGUUUGAGAUUAGAAUCCUCCUUAAUUCUAGCAUGCUGUCUUCUCACCUUCCUUCCAUCACUGCCUCUUUCUCCAUUCUGCCAUGCCAAAAAAAAACAAGCUAGGCUGCAGGCAUUGAAUAGGAUGGUGUGUGUCUGACUCCUCACACUGCUGCUACAUUUUGGGAAGGACUAAGCCCAUCUUCAAAUGGUCAGUUUGCAUCUGGCAUUCAGAGCAGCCUUCAUUCCACUCCUAAACAAUUUCUUCUGCCUUACUUCCUGUUCUAACCUGGAAAUUGAAGCCAUUUGUAGUGUCCUCUCUGCUGAUUUGGCUGACGUUACUGAAUGCGGCAUGUUGCAGGGAUCAAACCAGGGCCUUGCUGUCAGUGACUCCAAACUGCCAACAUUUUUUACUGUCAGACAGCAACCAAGCCAACUGACUUUUUUUUUGUUUCUGUUGCCAGAGAAAACCUCUAACUCUAACUCUGAGAGAUCUUGAGUGAGCUUUCAUGUUUCUUCUGCUGUGGUGAGGUGUUGAUCUGAAUGUCCUUUAUGGUGAUGGGUGCAUUUUGUUUGCCUAAUGUGGGGGAUUUGGAAGCAUGAUCUAAAGAUGACCAGUAGCACAGCUACUGGGCCAGUCAGUCAGAGUUGAAGAUGAGAUGACAAGGUAUUGUUGGUAUCAUGAGCUCUUUUCAGUAACCUCCCCAACUUACUCUGCUGUUCUCAUCUCAUCUUGACCUUUAUCUUUGAAACACUGUAUAGCACAUGUAGUGUUAUUCAGCCACCAAACCUGCCAUUUUGGGUCAGUCUUUCUUUUUCAGACUGUCACUACCUCACUCCCCUGUACCAUCAAUUAAAAUCAAGGAACUUGGAGAGUUUGCAACCACUACGAAUACCAUUGGCUGUUGGGAGGAAUGGGGUAUUGCACCUCUUGGCACUUCAUCCGUAGCCCCAGAAAGCGUGAUACCACAGCUUGAUGACAACUUGUCUACUGGGUCUUGAUUGAAGGCUGGCUGAUGGAUUAACUUGAACCUGGUGCUUAACUUGAACCUGGUGCUGUGCAUUACUGCCUGAUACUCACUUGCUCUUGUAGCACAGGACUGGGUAAAAGUCUGAAUUAAACUGGCAGUUAAAGCACUAUUGAAAGGGAUGUACUUAUCCAUAUUACAUAAGUAAUCUAAAGCCCUUGAUGUUUUCUUGUAGACCUUGUCAUUUAGAUCCAUUUCACUGGAAUCACUUACAACUGCAUAUUUGUACAUACUGCUAAACCAUGACCAGAAAAAUAUGCUGGUUUAUUUCUUUAUGUAAAAUGAUGUAGUCAUGUACCUGCUGCCAAGUUCUUUCCUUAUCCCAAGUGGUCUAUGCUCCAUUUGUCAUGGAUACACCCUGAUUUCGGAGAUUUGAUGUAUUAAUCACCACUAAGAGCUCUCACGAGUUAGCUGUUUGGUUCAUGAAGUUAUAGAAGGGGUCUGGGGAGGGAUUUUAUUUUUAAAUUAUGUUGUUCAAAAUGUUGGAGUGAAUCUGAGCAAGGUUUAUCUUUAGAACUUGAUUUGUGUCUUGGGAUAACUAAGGAAUGUUUUAAAAUCAAAUUUGUCUUGAGGGAGUUGUGCUGUAUUUCAGCCCUCCAGAUUGAGGAACCACCUUUUAAAGGAUGUGACAUCAGCAUCCAGUUUCAGUUUCUGAAAUCUGUAUUAAGGUCCCUAAUAUGGAAUGACCAACAAGGUGCCAGUUUGGAUUUUUCAGGAUUUUCUUUUCCUAUACAAGAAAAUUUAUAGGCUAGAAUAAGUUCCAUGCAAUUUGAUCUUUGAAUCUGUCCAAAAUGCCUUCUCGUUUGGCAGUGGUCUUGCUACAAAUGGUAGAAGAUUUAUAGAAGAGAACCAUGCUAUCCUUUGUCAGGAUGUGGUCCUGCCCACUGGUUUCAUUUGCAUUUCUAUUAAAGGCUGCACUUUAAUUAGUGUGAGGGUGUCUUGGUGUUCUGGCAGAAAUUAUUUAAAAUACACACUUAUAAUCUUCCCUACCCUCCCCAUGUAAAGUUGAUGUUUUUUUUCUCUUCUCACAUGGCAUGGUCUUGUGCCAUUCAGGUUUACCAGUGUCACAAAGUGAUUCUUAACUAACUUUAACCUCCAUGUUUUGGGUAGAUAGGGAAUUCACUGAAGUACAGCUGUUCCUGCUGGUUUAAGGAUAGCUUACUGGAAAGAAGUUAAAAGACUGUAGUGUAGUUGAGGGUAUUUGAAUACUGUAAUGAAGUAUGCAUUUAAUGUUUAAAAGUUCCCGUUUGCAUUGAAGAUGACAUCACCAGAACUGAAUUGUGACAAGCCACAGCAUUAGUCCCUGAAAUGGACUCUGCAGAAAUGGUACACAAGUCCCUCAAUAUCUAUAGACUGGUAUCUUUUUCAAAGUUUUUUUUAGGGAAAACAAGUGUUUUGUGUGAAAUAAUUUCCUCAAAGUCUUCAUUUCUUUUCAGACAGGUCAAACACCAAAUUCUGUUUUUAUCAAUGCAAAAGCAGCCUUGUGAAAUGGCUGUAUUGUCACUUUUUUUUUUAGAAAGUUCAGCCAGAGAAGACUCUAAGCAUGCAUCACAUAUCUAAUUCAAGCCUGGCUAUGGUUCCUAUCCAAUCCUACUUGGUCCUAAGCUUUUUAAAGUAGAUUCAUCAAACAUAACCAAAGCAUCCUGUUCAGAAGCCUGCUGUAGCAGACCUGACUUUAAGCUACCACAACUAAAAACCUCCCCUCUGACAAAAGAGAAAUGUAGCACCAGCGGUUGUUUUGGAGGAAGAAUAGCCUUGAAAAUACAUAUUUAUUCCUCCCCUUUAACUCUAUACCACCAUCACCCCCUCAAAAUGUCCCCACCCUGUCAAAUCCCAUCUUGGUCUGGGGAGAGAAGUGGUAUCUCAGGCGGAGAGAUGAUGCAAUGAUUUCAAAUAUGUGCCUUUUGACUUUAUAGUCCUUUUUCAGCCUUUCUGAUUCUGUGGAAUAUUUCUGUUUUUGUGAAAUUGCUGAUUGUUAAAGAAAUUCCUGAGUUAAAGGAAAUGAUUACAUCCUCAGUUCAGCUAAUUCUGUGAUAGGGAAGGAAACCAAAUCUGAAUUACGGUCCCCCAUUGUUCUCUUUUUUGGACUUCACCUGAGCCAUAUUUUUGAACUUUAGCCUCCAUCUCUGCCAGCCAUUAUAUUGUUGUGCAUGUUUUUUUUUGUCUGGAAGUCAUGUUCGUGGGAAAUAUCCAAUAUUCAAGCGUAUGUUCACUUGAAGAUUUGCCGAGCUUACUGACACAAACGUCAGCAAGUGUAUGUGUUGUGACCCAAGCAGAUGCAUGUUGUCCUUGCAUCAUGUGAUUGAUCAAAUACCAAGAUAUUAAAUUUUACAGUGAGAUGCAUUUUGUAUCCAAUAAGUUUCCUUAGCACCCUUUCAAUACAAUGCCCUUCUAAUUGGUGUGAAUAUGUGACAGAAUACAUCCACUAUUUACUUUCUGAUAUUUGUUACUACAUGCCAGUUGAUGACCAAUGUCUUGCUCUGCUGUCUGGUCAACUUGUCCACUGUGUGACUCCUCUCAUUUUUCUUUAGUUUAUUUGGAGGGAAAGGAGGGGUUGGGUUUGUGGGGGGGGGGGGGGGGGGGGGGGGGGGGGGGAGGAAGGAGAAGUACUCCCAUAAUAUCCAAAGUUAAUUGUUGGUCCAGAAAUUCACUCUAGGCACAUUCUGGGUAUGACCUAGCACUAGUGCUGUGCCACUCUUGCGUCUACACUAUUGACAUCCAAAUUGUUAUCUAUACAGAAUGAAUUUGAAUUUGAUUCGGGUGUUUCUGGAUUAUACUGGCUCAGAUGCUGUGUAAUAUGUGUGCAGGCUGGAAAAGCUGGGAUGGAAUUGGGACCAAUGGAUCCUCUGGCUGUGCUGGAGAUCAUUCAAAUACAAUAGCAUUGAUUUUCAAAAUUGCAAACUGGAUAUCAUUUUUUAAAGUGACUGUUUAACAUUGCUUUAUUAAAAAUAAUUACAAUUUAAACCAA